AAAAUAUUUUAUGAUACCAAUUCAAAUAGAAGCGAUGAUUUGGCGAGCAUGUGGUUCUCAGGGAUGGCGCUCGGACAAACACUGCUGGACCUGGUGUUUGGAGUUGCACAUUGCCGGCACUAUGCAAUGAGAUAUGAGGAAUGAAUAAUGCCAAUGGGAUUCUCACUUCAUCUAAUUGCCGCUCAGUGCUACCUGUGUUGUCUUCUGUGUCUGAUUCCUGGAUAUUGCUUGCUGAUGCAAUUGGCAAAUCCCCUCGCAAUCCAUAGAUGCUGGCGAGGCAUGACCUUUUCCUUCCUACGCUAUCGGUCUGCGUCCCUCGAAUCUUGUAUUUCCAGGUUCUCACUUCUCCAUAAGGGUUUGCAAAUCGUUCCACUACGGCCAAGGGAGCUGCGUUUGCCCCAGUGUUUCCCGUUUAUUCAGAAUGUGUCCCCGUCACUUGAUUUCGCAGUUCAUGUUCGAAAGAAAUAAAUUGGCGGAAACUAUCCACAAAAGAAGGCGCCGGAAAUGCUAAAA